AUGAACGACAUUCAAGCUGAGAAUUCCAGAACUGAACCUCCAGCCACAACCUCCACCCAACAAAGCUGCCAGCCGGACCUCCAUUCUGUACUGAGAGAGAUGAGCGCUAUGCUGGCAGAGCUGAAAGUUGAGCAGAGACACACGACGACUGCAGUGAACAACAUGGAGAACAGACUGAGAGCCAGUGAGAGUCAAGUGGAGGAACUGAGGAAGAAGUCUGGAGGAGCAGAGUCAGAAAAAUCAAGCUCAAGUGAGGAACUAAAAGACUUGAAAAUCUCAUUAAACAAACAAGUGGAGAAACUGAAGAAGGAGAAUCAAGCUCAAGCUGUGAAUCAGAGUGUCAUGGAGGCGAGAUUUGGGACUGAACUGGAGGAGCUGAAAACGAAAAAUGACGACUUGGAAACCUCAUUCAACAGCCAAGUGCAAAGUCUGAACAAGGAGAUUCAAGAAAGAAAAGUGGCUUUUUCAGCGUCACUUUCAAGAGGUGAAGCUGGUCAUACUGGACCAUACAAUACUGAAUUUCCUCUGGUCUACAAACACGUCUUCACCAACAUCGGCAAUGCUUAUAACCCAGCUACAGGCAUUUUCACUGCACCUGUGAGAGGAGUCUAUUACUUUCGAUUCACCGCUCAUGGAUUCGGUGGAAAAGAUGUAUCAGUGGUCUUACAAAAGAAUGGACAGCACAUAGUUGAAGCACUUGUUAUUCAACCCCAGGACAGACUGAGUUCCUCAAAUGGAGUCUCACAGUUACUGGAAGCAGGAGACGUUGUUUGUCUUAAACUCAGAGCUAAUGCGUGGGUGUUUGAUACAGCAGCUCACCAUUGCACCUUUAGUGGUCAAAUGCUUUUCUCUCUUUGAGCGUUUUCCAUCAAAUGGAAAAAGAAAAUAAAUGCUAAACGUAUUUCUGUGAAAAUGAUUGGAAAUGGAAAAGUUGUCUAGUUUGUAUUGUCUUUGUUUUAUUUUUGAUUUGUGUGCAUUCCUAAAAAUGUAUGUCACCGUCCUGCCUUCCACUACCCCUUUCCUUUCCUCACCCUUGUUGUAAAAUGUAAUAUAAAACACAAUAAAUGGAUCACAAAGA